CCAGACUCAGAUCAUCAUCACAUCAUAUAUGCACUAUCUCCUUCACCUCUAGCACUCCACAUUGGCCAGCACCAAGGAAAAAUGGAAGACCAUGAGUCCUCUGCUCUAUCUACCAUGGUCACAGAGAGGCCGGAGGUGGACACGGCCCGUCCCUUCCGCUCGGUGAAGGAGGCCAUCGCAGUCUUUGGCGAACGUUUCCUUGCAGGUCAUGCUUAUUAUCAGAGGACCAAUUCAAGUGUCAAACUGGAUGCUGCCACCCCAAAGCCAAUUUAUUCAUUGCCUCCUCCUCCUCCUCCUCUUCCUCCAAAGCCUAUUCACUCGGCAUCUUCUUCGCCAGCCUGUUGCACUUCUUCUGCAUCACAGUUCAAUCAAGAAGGGGAAGAUGAGCUCAUAAUUCUCAGCUCUUUGAGGAAGCUGGAGGUGGAACUGGAGGAAACAAGGAGAGAGUUGAUGCUGCUGAAGGAGAGGGAGUCCGAGACAGAGAUAGCAGUUGCUAAUCUUAAAAAGAAGUUACACAAGGUCAUGUCUAAAUUGACAGAGAUGGAGGCAACAAAAGCAGCAGAGGGUGGUCUGGCUGUAGAACGACAGUCUACCGAAGUACAAAGUGAUCGAUGGGUGAAUGAGAGAACCAGGGACAUUGAAGCGAGAUUUGAGUACUUGCCCACUCUGGCUCAAGCACUUAGCCUGGGAGAUAUUGAAGCAGACUUUGGUGGGAGAGGGAAAAGAAAGGUGCAAAAGAAGAAGCCUAUCAUUCCUCUCAUUGGUGAUAUGUUUUCCAGGAAAAAGGGUUCCUCUGAUCUCAACACUUCCCUCUAUUCCCAAUCCUACUACAGUGUGCUUAGUUGAAGUAUCACAAGGAGUUGAGUGUUUUGUGUUUUUCUUCUUUUUUUUUGAGUGAUGUACAAUUGGCAAAGGGGCUUGACAAGUUGU